AUGGCCAGUGAAUUGAACGCUUACCAGUGGAACGAAGCUCCACUCCACAUUCCGAUUCCAAAAGUGGAACAAAUUCCUCAAGGAUGUGUAUGGGUUCCAUGCAUCCCUGACUUCAGUACCAAUACGUACAUCCCUAUUUAUAACUUAUAUUCUUACCCGGCUUGGACUCCUUCACCGGCAGCGCCAGUAAAAAACAACUUAAAAGCAAAAAUUAGCCGAGGCGGUCUAAAAACCAAGCCUUGGAAAGAACACGAAGACAAGUUCCUUACUUCUCCUAAUAAAAAACAAUAUUUUAUUAGGAAUAAAAUUGGUCCUAAUCAAACGGAUGAUAAAUCGUAAUUAAAAUAAAAAAAAAAAAUAAAAAAAAAUCUAUAGGUUUUUUUCACUAUUAAUUGAGGCAAAUUUAGAGAUUUGGUCACUCAGUAUGGGACCAAAAACUGGGCUUUCAUUUCUCGAAAUCUAAAUGAAGCCUUGCAUGACUCUCACUGUAUCCGUAAAGGGAAACAUUGCAGAGAACGAUGGCAUAAUCACUUAAAUCCUGACUUAAACAGUAAAUUUUAUUGUAGAGGGCGAAUGAAGCUACGAAGAAGACAUAAAACUUCUAUGUCUAAAGCAAAAAAUCGGCAACAAAUGGAGCAUAAUAGCUAAAGAACUUCCAGGUAGAACUGAGAAUGGGGUCAAAAAUAGGUGGAAUAGCCUUAUGAAGAAAGCAAAGCGUGACCAGGGCUUUAGCUGCUGCUCCAGUGAUAUAAUAGCUUGCAAGUUAAUCGAAGAUUUAGAGGAAGAAAAAAGGCUGUCUGAAGCAUAA